UCUUACAUGUCCAGCUUUUUUCAUCAUAUGAGAUCAUAGAGAUUAUAUAUAGAAGUAAAUAAAUAUUCAGCAGGUUAUGGAGCAUAACUAUGAAGUAGAAGAUCUAUAAUGAAUGUUGUAGGUAGUUCAGAUGCCUCUGUAGAUGAAUGACUCAUCCAAGGAGAAUAUUUGGUGCUUCUGUGAUUAUUUUGGUGGCAUGUAGUGGUUCUGACUCUCAGGGGAGAUGAGCUCGGAUAAUUGCGGUUCUAAUGAGCGGCUCGGAUCUGAAUAGCAGGCAGAGGGUCAGUGCGUCUAAAACGCGUGCACGCGCUGACCUUCCCCCUGCACCAGACGUUUUCAGGAGGAACGCACGCGAUUUGUCUGAUAGCCGGCGACCCACAAUUCAGCGCGAGCGCCACGGCUAUUUGUCAGAAUCAAUUUUCAGAAGGGAUGCUCUUUAUUUUUUUUUUAACGUUUUUGUAUGCUGACGUAGACGGGACUGCAUGCAGGACGUGCCCGCGCGUAAACCGAAAUAUUCGAGGAGGAUGAUGAGGAGGAGGAGGAUGAGGAGGAGGAUGAGGGUGAUGAGGAUUGCAUUGAACGGGACAGCCGGCGACGUCAGCGAUCGAUCCUCUGUAGCUCGUUUAUGAUGUGAGACGAGCGGCUGCACUUUCGCAGAGACGGCAAAAAAAGGGGGAGGAGGAUCUCUCGCGUGUUCCGCGCGCGUUCGCGACAAUCAGCCGAAAGAUCUCGAGUGUGUCAAGCGUCCGUGCAUCGCUGAAAUUUUGUAUUUUUUUUUUCUAAUAUAUUUUUUCAUUAUUAUUAUUUUUUUUGGAGGUGGUCUUCAAAGCUCGCACCAGAAAACGGACCGAAAGCAUGCGCCAGUUCGCGUUGGACGUCGCGAAGCUCGUGAGCGUGUACGCGGUGUGCGCGUGCGAGGCGUCGCGCGGCUGCGGGGAGUUGCAGUGCGGCGCGCGCGCCAACGGCAGCGCCGCGUCGUCGGGCUGCUGCGACGUGCCCGCGCGCACCUUCGCCGAGCACGCGAGCUGGCUCGCGCGGAAGCUCUCCGGGCUCCUCAUCCUGCUCGCCCUGUUCGCCGUGGGCUACUUCGUGCAGCGGCUCGUGUGCCCGCGCCACCGCCGGCGCGGCCGCGCGCAACCCGAGCCCGAAUCGCUGCUCGGCGCGCGCGCCACCGCGUCGCAGGACGCGCUCCUGGAGCGCCUCGAGGACGGCGGAGCUGACGGCGGGGUGGAUGGCUUCGCGUCGCCCGUCCUGCAGCCGCCGGCCUACGACGAGGUCAAAGACCUGCCUUCCUACGAGGAGAGUGUGCGCGCCGCCGCGGGAAGCGUCAGGCCCCAAGGAGCGAGCCGGGAGAGACCUGAAGCCGCACGGAUUUUCAGAAACUCUGUUUGACGUCAUCCCUCAAUUGUCCUUAGACUAUAAACACAACUCAUUGAACUGAAUUAUUCAAGUGCAAUUAUACAGUUCGUGAUGAAGGGGUGUCUUAGGUGAGUCCCACACAUGGCCCUGAACUUUUCUAGAGUCCUUUUUUUACACACUAUUUAUAAGAGACUCUCUGCAGACUGUCUAUAUUUCUAAGGAUUUCUGAAUUGAAGAAGGUGAAUAGCUGUGGAAUGACAUUUACAGCGAAUGUAACCGGGAUAAAUGAUAUAACAAACAUCACAAACACUCAUCACUACUAAUACCAGAUGCAGAUUUAUCUCAUAGGCCGGAGACUGUGAAACUGUCAUAUGCCUCAUAUACACAUAUGACUGUUUUUUUUUAUGCACAAUCAUAUAUGGAGGAAAAAUACUUGAUCAGGACUCACCUGGGGUAGACCACUUCACAACACUCUACCCAGCUGUGCAGGAGGCUAUAAUACCAAGGUACACAUCUGGGGACAUGGAGGCAAAUUGAGUUCAGCUGACGUAGGAAACCAUGUAAAUCAACCAAAGAAUGUAUCUUUGUUUCGUGCAGAUGUGUAACACAAGCUAGGAAUUUGAUUUCUAUUUCCAGCCUCUGUGUUUAAUAAGGUGUAGUGCGAGACUAUUCUUUUACAUCCCGAGUGCAAUAAAGCACUACAAUAAAAAUAGUCGACGCCGUUCCUGAUUCGAGGCCUGUGGUUUCCUGCAGUUCAUUAAUCCGAUUCUGUGCGUCCCGUAUCGUUUUUCGCAAAUGUUUGAUUGUAUCCACCGGCGGCAGGCCGUUAAUGCACGAGGCUUUAACGUAAACGCAUUACUCGGGAUACGUGGUCAUUAGGUUACAAGAUCUGAUGCGUAAAUACGGGCUUGGCGAUUAAAUAUCCAUAUCAAACUUCCUCUGUCAACAGACGAUUCGGCCCAGCAACACAGGUUAUUCAAUAUGGGUCUUGCUGGUCGAAUAGAGGGAGGGGGGGAAACAAAUCUGAGCCCAGAUCAAUGGGCAUUAUGGGGCUAUAAGAAGAGCAGGACUUUUUGGUGUUCGGGCUGCUUUUUGGAGACUCGAUACAAUCCGUUGGAAAACAGCUCGGAAGUGUUUUCAUCAUAAAUGAUGAAUUAGUGCUAUUUUUGCACACACCUUGAGCGAUGGAGACACUUGUUAAUGGACUGACCACCAAAACCGAGAUCAGAGUCUUUGACCUCUAGUGCCCCAGCGGGACCGCGUGUGCACUUAGGACAAGGUUUUACAGAAAGUGCGCUCCUCGUUGAGUCAUAUCUGGCCUGUCGAUAGCCAUUCCAUCAUUCAUGCAUUAAGACGCUCCUUUCUGACAUUCAAGAUUUCUCAGAAGCGGAUUCACAACUUUCGCAAACAAGCGCAACGGCUUCCACAAUCAACGUGUCCAUUCCUAAAGACGGAGUGGACAGUGCAUGCGUCGAUUGGCAUGAUCGUUUUAUUUUAUCAUUUAUCCCAUCUGAGGCGUGCUGUGUGCGAAGCUUCCUGUUAAACGAUCAUCUAUUUAACCUGCUCAACUGGUUAGAACAUUAAAAACUGUAGUUACUCCGGGAUUUCACAUCAUAAAAUCCCAUUGCUCAGAGAAUCCACAGGUCAAGGAACUGUUUAAACAUGGAUGCGUUUCCUGAUUUACACGCACACUUUUAAAUUCAGUCAAGGCAAUAAUCUGAUUAAUGUAUGUAAGACUCACUAAAUGACUGGCUACAGAGUCCUGCACUGAUUUUCUUUUCCUAACGGCAGAAACAGCACGCCAUGAAAACAACAAUCUACAGGGUUACUUCUAUACAUUUCUAUUCAGGAUGACUCCGCCCACUCACACAGAGCACAAGUGGCCAUUGCAUUAUUUGUAUUUCUUUAAAAAAAGGGGGAAACAUGAACAGGGUCGCUCCAGUACAGUUCCAGAGACUUGAAGCAUCGACACAAAGGAGCUUUUAAGCAAAAUCACGGUUGUGUUGUUGUUGUUUUUUUGUCUUUAAUUUCCCACAUUUUAUUGUAUUUUCUUUUUUCUGCUCGCUAUCCGAGACCACUCAUUUUGCAUAUUUUAUGUAACGAACAUUUACACUACACCUCGAACCAUUAUAUCUUUUUAAGGCACAGUUUGUCUUUGCUUAGUUCAGGCUUCCUUUCACAAAUAAAUGGCAAAAUGAACGUUUAUUAAAACGCUUCGCUGCCAGAACAUAUAUAAACCGCACAAUCAAAACCUAUGCAGCAUCGGCCGGAUUUGUACGAUCGCAUGCUACAUAUUUGACUUUGGCAUAAGCCGUGCCGUUUUCCUGGUGUUUAUACUUUCACAAGCUGAUCGUUCUGUUCAAAGCAAGUUUUUUUUCUAAAUCUAAAUUGUGUAGAUCGACACUGGACACUUGGGGGGGAUUAAAACAUCUGGAUUUGGAUUAGGGAGAUUUACUGUGAAAGCACUGAUCCACAGAAGGAGUUGUUUUAAUGUUAGAAGAAAUCAUGUUAAAAAUAUUAAAGAAAGAAAUAAUACACAUCCAGAUGUUUACAUGAUGUUUACACUGUAUGAUUACGAUCAUGUGUUUGCUGUUGAAUGUCAUAAAAGAGCAUACGAGGUCGUAAUGCCAAGUAACAGAUGACCGAUUUGCGACCAAAGAUGGCCAACGAUGGAGAGCAAACAAGGAAUAGCUUAAAAAAAUGUAUAAAAAAAAAACCACAAUAUGAUCUCAAGCUCACUUUGAAAAAUGUUUCAAUCGAUGUGAACGCAUUUUCUGCACAAACCCAGUUACAUGACGUAGUCAUUUCCUUUUAAUGCACAUCUGUCACUGGAGGAUCUCCAAUGUAUAACCUGACAUGGACUACACUAUAUGGACAAAACUAUUGAGAUCCCUGAUGAACAUAUGUGGCCAAACCAUAACCACCAAACAUGGAGGCAUGUUUUCUAGGAUGUCUUUAGCAUGUCUAUUGCUUUUAUUCGAACUAGGACACCCAAACCUAUGACAGUGCACAAAGCCAGCUCCAUGAAGAUAUGUUUUCCAUGGGUUGGACUGGAAGAGCUUUCGUGUCCUGCUAUAGAGCUCUGACCUCAACCCUACGGAACAAUUUUGGCAUGAAUUGGAUCGCCGAAUGCAACCCCAGGCCUCCUCACCCAUCAUCAGUAUUUGACUUCACUAACACCACUGUGGCUGAAUGAGCACCAUCUCCACAAGCACACUCCAAAAUCUAGUGGAACAUCUUCCCAGAAGAGUGGAGGGUAAUAUAAGAGCAAAAUUGGAAUGAGUGUGGAACAGGAUGCUCAGAAAGCACAUACGUUCAGGUGUGCGCAAAUUUUUGUCCGUUAUAGUACACGCAGUGUGUUAAAUAAAGAAGGAUUUUCAAGAUUU